GGGGCCAGGAGGCAGUUGCUGGCGAGUCCCGGAGGCCAAGAAGGGAGUCGUUACCUCGGCUGUCGCAUCCUCGAGGGAGUCGUGCGGGUACCUCCUUACCCCCAAGCCCGCUGAUAGCCCCACAGCUCCCGUGUGCUCCCGAUUUCGCCAGCCGCUCACCACUCUCCUAGCGGACCGAGCGAGCCGCCGGCAUCAUGUGCGGUAUAUUUGCUUACUUAAACUACCAUGUCCCUCGCACAAGACGAGAAAUCUUGGAGACCCUAAUCAAAGGCCUUCAGAGACUGGAAUACAGAGGAUACGAUUCUGCUGGUGUGGGAGUUGAUGGAGGCAAUGACAAAGAUUGGGAAGCAAAUGCCGGCAAAAUCCAGCUCAUUAAGAAGAAAGGGAAAGUAAAAGCACUGGAUGAAGAAGUUCACAAACAACAGGAUAUGGAUUUGGAUAUAGAAUUUGAUGUACACCUUGGAAUAGCUCAUACCCGUUGGGCAACACACGGCGAACCCAAUCCUGUCAAUAGCCAUCCCCAGCGCUCUGAUAAAAAUAAUGAAUUUAUUGUUAUUCACAAUGGAAUCAUCACCAACUACAAAGACUUGAAAAAGUUUUUGGAAAGUAAAGGUUAUGACUUUGAAUCUGAAACAGACACAGAAACAAUUGCCAAGCUUGUUAAGUACAUGUAUGACAAUCGGGAAAGUCAAGAUACCAGUUUUACUACCUUGGUGGAGAGAGUUAUCCAACAAUUGGAAGGUGCUUUUGCACUUGUAUUUAAAAGUGUUCAUUUUCCUGGCCAAGCAGUUGUCACAAGACGAGGUAGCCCUCUGUUGAUUGGUGUACGAAGUGAACAUAAACUCUCUACUGAUCACAUUCCAAUACUCUACAGAACAGGCAAAGAUAAGAAAGGAAGCUGCAAUCUCUCUCGUGUGGACAGCACAACUUGCCUUUUCCCUGUUGAGGAAAAAGCGGUGGAAUAUUACUUUGCUUCUGAUGCAAGUGCUGUCAUAGAACACACCAAUCGCGUCAUCUUCCUUGAAGAUGAUGACGUAGCAGCGGUGGUAGAUGGCCGUCUUUCUAUCCAUCGAAUUAAACGAACUGCAGGAGAUCACCCUGGAAGAGCUGUGCAAACCCUCCAGAUGGAACUCCAGCAGAUCAUGAAGGGCAACUUCAGUUCAUUUAUGCAGAAGGAAAUUUUUGAGCAGCCAGAGUCAGUUGUGAACACAAUGAGAGGAAGAGUCAACUUUGAUGACUAUACUGUGAAUUUGGGCGGUUUGAAGGAUCACAUUAAGGAGAUCCAGAGGUGCCGGCGCUUGAUUCUUAUUGCUUGUGGAACAAGUUAUCAUGCUGGUGUAGCUACACGUCAAGUUCUUGAAGAGUUGACUGAGUUGCCGGUUAUGGUAGAGCUAGCCAGUGAUUUCCUGGAUAGAAACACGCCAGUUUUCCGAGAUGAUGUUUGCUUUUUUAUUAGUCAGUCAGGUGAGACAGCAGAUACCCUGAUGGGUCUUCGAUACUGCAAGGAGAGAGGAGCUUUAACUGUGGGGAUCACCAACACUGUCGGCAGUUCCAUAUCAAGGGAGACAGACUGUGGAGUUCACAUUAAUGCUGGGCCCGAGAUUGGCGUGGCCAGCACAAAGGCUUACACCAGCCAGUUUGUAUCCCUUGUGAUGUUUGCCCUUAUGAUGUGUGAUGACAGGAUUUCCAUGCAAGAGAGACGCAAAGAGAUCAUGCUUGGACUGAAGCGGCUGCCUGAUUUGAUUAAGGAAGUACUGAGUAUAGAUGAUGAAAUUCAGAAACUGGCAACAGAACUUUAUCAUCAGAAGUCGGUCUUGAUAAUGGGGCGUGGCUAUCAUUAUGCUACUUGUCUUGAAGGGGCACUAAAAAUCAAAGAAAUCACUUACAUGCACUCUGAAGGCAUCCUUGCUGGUGAAUUGAAGCAUGGUCCUCUGGCUUUGGUGGAUAAGUUAAUGCCUGUCAUCAUGAUCAUUAUGAGAGAUCAUACUUAUGCCAAGUGUCAGAAUGCUCUUCAGCAGGUGGUUGCUAGGCAGGGACGCCCAGUGGUGAUUUGUGAUAAGGAAGAUACCGAGACCAUUAAGAACACAAAAAGAACAAUCAAGGUUCCCCACUCAGUGGACUGCUUGCAAGGCAUUCUCAGUGUGAUCCCCUUACAGUUGCUGGCAUUCCACCUUGCUGUGCUGAGAGGCUAUGAUGUUGAUUUCCCCCGGAAUCUUGCCAAAUCUGUAACAGUAGAAUGAGGAGCAUCUGAAACUAGGCGAUUAAGCAACACAAGACACCUUUUGUAUUUAAAAUCUUGAUUUAAAAUAUCACUCCUUUAAGCCUUUUUUUUUUUUUUUUUUUUAGUAAAUCCUUAUUUAUAUAUCAGUUAUAAUUCCACUAAAUUUGUGCUUUUUGGGAAAUUACCUCAUAUUUUUCCAGUAAUUUGUGGGGAAGUUUGAAAAGUGAAAUCAUUAUCAGAAACAGUUAGCUUUCAUUUUCUUUUUUUUAAUCAUCACUUGAGGAUCUUUUAUCCAUUGAUUUUUAGAGAGAGAGUGGAAGGGAGGGAGAGAAGGAGGGAGAAGGAGAGAGAGGAUGGAAGAGAGAGAGGGAGAAACAUCAAUGUGAGACAGACACAAAUCGAUGGGUUGUUUCCCAUACAUGUCCCGACCAGGGUGGGGAUCAGCCUGUAACCCAGGUACGUGCCCUUAACCGGGAGUCAAACCUCAGACCCUUUGGUCCUUGGGCUGACAUUCUAACCACUGAGCCAGACUGGCCAGGGCUAGCUUUCAUUUUCUUUAAAAGAUGCUGAGUGUUGGAUUUCUGGACUCUGCUUCAAUCUGAGAGGAUUGUGUAUUUUAAAAGUAAUUGGCAUUUGUUUUACCAUGCUUUUAUUCAUUCAGACCAAUGAAAGAGUAGUGCAUUUAUUAGAAGAUCUAAAGCCAGUGGCAAUGUAUUUGGACAUUUGAUUACAGUUUUGCUAAGUUAUAUAUAAAGACAAGAUGCUAUGAUUUAUUUUGAAAUUUGUUAGUGUACUUAAAAACAAACUUUUCUUGGUGGGAUUUCUACCUAAGUUAAGUUAAUCUUAGUCUCUCAAAUUUAUUGUUUGUUAUCUAUAGGUCAGGGUAGUUUAGGAAGCUAAAUAGUAUCGUAGUGCAUUGGUUUUCUCCAGCCCUUAACAGAAAAUAUUUGUAUAAUUUCAUAGCACAAACUAAAUUUGAGCUGCUUUGGACAGCUAACAGUAUAAUUUUAAAUUUGAAGAUGGAAUAUAUAUUUAUUGGAUUUCCGACUCUGUUUUUUCAUCUCUUAAAAAUGGUUUUUAUUUUCUUGUAUCUGUAGUUUUUUAAUCACAGCUGAAUGACAUAUUUUAUCUUGUUCUUUGAAGUCACCACACAGAGUUGUCAUCAAAUGUCUCAAAUUAAAUCAGUAUUGAUAUA